AUGGCAUCAACUGUGCCUCUACCACUUCUGAAACCAAACUGGGAUUCCUUGAAUUGUGUCCCAUCUGACUUCUGCCAGCUCGGGCUGCACGACUGCCACCCUGAGCACGGGGUCUGCAGCCUGACGGGCCACCAGGCCUUCAGCUGCCGCUGCCGGGUCGGGAAGGUCGGGGACGGGACGCAUUGUGAAAGGACCUCCUGUCCGGAUUUUCCGGUCGCUGAACCGCAAAACGGAUUCUUCUCGUGUUCUAUCCCGACAUCCUCUGCAGCCAACACCUGCCAGUCAGCUAACAGCACAGAGCCGGAGUACGAAGUCGUCUGCGUGCUCCACUGUAACCAUGGUUACGACAGGCUGAUCUAUGCCGAGUACUCCUGUAGACACGACGGGAACUGGACUAUUCCUGUCGACAUUUACAGUGCAGGGAGCACGCCUUGUUUAGCUGUGAAAUGCCCAGACCUGUCUUGCCCCCUACACGGCAGGAUGACGUGUGACAGUGGCUCCUAUUUCCGCUAUCCCGAGAUCUGCAGCUUCGCCUGCGACGUCAACCCAGGCUACGAGCUGACUCCCACAAGCAGCAGUGUGAGGCACUGUCAGGCUGACGCUACCUGGUCGGGAAACGACGCAGAAUGUAUCGGCGUGUGGUGCCCGGCCCUUUCAAGCCCCACCAAUGGAAGGAUGUCCUGUAACAGCGGAUACUCCUUCCGGUAUCCCGAGACCUGCACCUUCAGAUGUAACCAUGGUUACCACCUGUCUGCCGGCAGUACCAGUCGGACCUGCCAGGCGGAUGGGAAGUGGUCGGGCAGAGCUGCCAGAUGUUGCCCAGACGGGUACAAUUACUACCGGCGAAGCCAAUUCUGCUACAGGGCCUUUAAUCAGCGGAAGAACUACAACGAUGCAGCCGCGACCUGUUCUUCUGAUGGUGGAACUCUCGCCAUGCCCCGUAAUGCGGGCAUCAACGCGUUCCUCGUCGACCUGAAGAACGCUAUGGAUAACACCGCCUUGUUCUGGUUCGGCUUGACGGACCGCGCCACAGAAGGCAGCUGGGUAUGGGCUGAUGGUGUUGAACUUGCCAAUGAACAUUUCAAGCAGUGGGGUCCAAGACAACCAGACAACGCGCAUGACAACGAGAACUGUGCGCAUUAUUGGCAAAGAAAUCACGAGCAGGUAGAAAGAAGGAACAGGUGGAACGAUCUUUUGUGUUCUGAAACCUUUCUGAAGUUCAUUUGUCAAGUCGGUACCUGAAUCGUUAUGUGUUGAUAUGAAAAUUGUUGCUUCAUAUCCAUGUCACGUACCUAAAUUUGGUCCAAUUCGACACACAUAAAUAUAUGUCAGGAAGGAGACUACGAUGUAGAAAUCGUGAUCGUAGUCUCUGUUGACAAAAAAUCCGAUCGGGAUCUCAACAGGCAGAAUCGCAGAUUUUGUCAACAGAGAUCCCGAAUGGAGUAUAUACUGGUAUAAUUGUCAAUUCUGCCAGCAGAAGCUCCGGACACAUUGACUGAAGUACCUCUUUGAAUUUUUACACAAGUUUUUAAGCUUUCAAAACCAUGACUUACAUGCCUUUGCACAGAGGAACUGGAACUAUAAUAUAGACACAUAUACUUGACACAAAGAGUUGCAUUUAGACUUUCUUGGUAGAAUGUUACCAUUUUCUUAUAUCCUCAGCCACAAGUUCAACUUCACGUUCGUCUGAAAAGUGAAAAUUAACUUAAAAAGCGAGCUGAAAAAGUGGCUAACCUGACAGGACUCCGGCUCAAAAAUCCUGUGCUUUUCCCGAAAAAGGCGGAAAAUCUUUACAAUGUCUGGAUGAGGAAACGAAUGGGGAAACGAAUAUCUACUAGGUUGAAAGGGCAAAGCUGA